UAAAGUGGGCUUGGCUUAGUCCACUUGUAUCACGUGCUACACCUCACACGAAUGGGGACCUCCAUUUCCCUCUGCCAGCGCUUCUGCAGCGAGACUGAACUUUUUGCUCUCAGCUCUCACUCUCACUCUCUUCUUUCCAUCAAGCCAAUUUAAGCAAAGGUUAGGAUGGCUACCCUUCGAAAUUUGAAAAUCAAGACGAGUACUUGCAAACGUAUUGUGAAGGAGUUGCAUUCCUAUGAGAAAGAAGUUGAGAGAGAAGCUGCUAAAACAACAGAAAUGAAGGAAAAAGGAUCUGAUCCUUAUGACCUUAAGCAACAGGAAAAUGUGCUGGCUGAAUCAAGAAUGAUGAUUCCUGAUUGUCACAAGCGUCUUGAAGCUGCAAUAGCUGACCUAAAAGCGACUUUGGUAGAGUUGGAGGAGUCUGAUCAUAAGGACGGACCAGAAAUUGAGGAUGCUCGAAGUACUCUUGCAGAGGUUACACAAUUAUUUCAAGCAACUGAGUAGUAGUGUGAGCCAAUAAUCUCAAUGUAAAGAGCUGGGCAUGGAUAUGUCCUUGUAUGAUUUGCUUCCACAGUUGCGAGCAGUUGAUAUUGAUUGUUGCUGUGAUGAGUUUUGGAAUAUGUUGCGAGAAAACAUCAUCUCCUGCCUAAUAUGCAAGUUUUCAUGAAUUUUAUUUUCA